AUGAAACUCGGGAUGAAGACGACUCGCAAAGGCCGAGUCCAAAAACUUGGAUUGGCUUCGUUGAUGCUGACGGCUUUCCCUGAUGAUGGUGUCUGGUUGAUGAAGUGCUGGCGGCGUGGAGGGGGUUUAUGGGAUGAUAAGUCUCAGAAAGCCAGAAUCAUCGAGGGAAAAAUGGAGGAAGCAUAUCGAACAUGUCUUGAUCCUUCACUGAAGUUCUUAGAAGAUUCAACUGAUUUUGUUGAUUCACAUCCUCACUUGGCAAUCCCUUUUAUGGCCUUGAGAGUGGAGUUGACAUUCCUGAAAAUGUUGUUUUGGCAGUUGGCGUAUUGGGAUGAACCCGGAUAUGAGCAGCUUCGGGCAACCACGAGUGACAUGGAGUUCGGAUUUAAAGAAACGCUGUUUAAGCCAAUAGCCAAAGAGAUUUGCAUUCUGAUCUUGGAUGAGGCCCGCAAGCCUGUUUCUUACCAACAGAACCAGAAGAUGUUGCUUGAAAGGGAUAGAGAGAUUAUUUCCUUCAUUGAUCUUAUCCAACAAAACAUAUGGGCUUUGCUCAACUCUAAUACUGAAAUCAGUGCUCCUGUGAAGCAACAAAUUGCCUUCAUCCAGCAGAAACUCGAUGAAUUUGGAAGGUUUUCUUACCCAAUCAAUCAUCCGGUAUUUAAAGUUAAGAAGUUGGUUGAACUCAUAUCUUUGAUACGGACAUGGGCUAACCAUAUCUCAUGUCUUGUGUUUUUGUAUUGGAUUGAUGGAAAUGAUGAGAAAUGGCAUCUACAAUGGGGAUUGUUCUUCAUGAUUUGA